GGCGGUGAGGCUGAACUACACCCAUACAGGAAGAGGCAUGGCGGCUGGUGCUGGUUGUUGAUUAACUGCAGUGAACUUUUCCUGACAUCCUCUCCCUCUGUCCUCAGUCUCCCUGUUAUCAGCCAUCGCUGUCUCUUAGGAGAGGAUUCUUCUGCUGCUACUGUGUGGUGACAAAUGUCCUGAUCAGCGCUCACUCUCAGCUUUUAUUGGACGUUUGGCCUGAUUUCAAUUAGCAGCAGUUUCCAUUAAGCCUUUCUGAGGUCACAGGAUGGUGGAGAACUCUCCGUCUCCGCUGCCGGAGAGAGCCAUUUAUGGAUUUGUCCUCCACUUGGCUUCUCAAUGUGGAUUUAUCCUGUAUCUGACAUGGGCUUUCAUCCCUGAGUCAUGGUUACACUCCUUAGGACUGACUUACUGGCCCCAGAAGUAUUGGGCUGUGGCAAUCCCUGUAUACCUUCUGGUCAUUUUAGGCAUUGCCUAUAUCUUCUUAUUCGGUAUAAAUAUGAUGAGUACCUCACCGCUGGACUCCACACACACACUAACAGACUCAUACGCGAAAAAUCAGCAGCCCAAAGACUCUGAUGAGGAUUCUGUCCCUGCCCUGCUGGACGUCUCGAUCAGUGAGGUCAAUAGGAUGUUCUACCUUACCGACCGGGGUCUGAGGAACCAUGUCACCCAGGCUCAGUGAUGCCCGAUGCGUUCAGAUUGUAAAUCAUUUUCUCUGUGUAAAAGUAUUUAUGUAACGUUGAGAACAGUUCUGGGGUUGAUGUUUUUAAUUAUAAUGAUAAGAAAAUGCUCCUCUUGGUAAAUAUAUUAUUCAAAAGGUU